AUGACACGUUUUGUCUUGUCUUGUCUUGCACUGUGCCUAUGGUUAACUGCCACUUGUCAAAGCCAACAAUUAUUAUUUUCGAGUAGUACUCAAGGACAAUUCGGACAAACCUACACAGCCAACUACAACCACAAUGAUUUUACCUAUCAAACUUCUCCGACGACCUCUUUACAAGUCACUUUCACACAACCUUCUCUUUCUCCAGCUUUUAUCCCAUUCCAAUUUUCCACUAAACAAUUGUCAGUUUCGGAUUACAAAAAUUUUGAUUAUCCCAGGACUCCAUUUCCUUCAUUGACCUUGCUAGCAGUGUAUGAAGUGGAUACUUUUCAACUGAAUGGACAAUAUCCUUCUGAUUUGAGAAUUCAAAUGACAUUUUCAUAUCCACAAGGAGUGAUGAACCUCUAUGCCAAUUCUUUUGAAUUAUCUAUAUUUAGUAAUUCUCAGCAAAGAUUUGGCGAUACAGCUGUUCGUGUGGAAUAUGGAAAGAAAGUAUAUUUUGAACAACCUCUUGCUAUUGCACCAUUUGGAGCGCCUUUGAUCAUUGGUCUGUUUGCUUAUCAAGUUGCUCCUCAAUUUGGUGAGUUUUAUCAAGUGGCAGGACCAAGUCAAUAUGAAUUCUUGUUAGAUUCGAGUUUGUCACAAACAUUGACCAUGGUAUUUCCAUCUCCUUCUCAGCAACAAUUUCCAGGAUAUUAUGGUCCUAAAUUUCGAUUGGAUAAAACCAAAUCGUUUUAUCAAUCGGUUCCAAAUGGAUAUAUUGCAUUGCAAGGACUUCAAUAUACUCCUGCAGAUAAUGCGAAUCAACCUGUGGCCAAUAAUUUCUAUUGGAAUUUUAAAUUUUCUUCCAGUUUGGGAUUUAAGGAUAUUUAUGGAAAUAAGGUCAAUAUUAAUCCAAAUACUUUGACCUGUGUGUGCUUGGGCUCUAAUCAAGAAGCUGUCUUUGCGCAACAAGCACUUAUUUCUGUUGAUUCAUUGAAAUGUGGUUUUGGAAAUUCAAUUUGUUCUCCAAUGGCCAUUGUUGGAAAAGUUUACACCAAUCCUUCGAACAGUGUAAAACCCAUUCCAAGUUCUUCUUUCGUGUCAAAGAAUGAAACUCAGCAACUUGAGAAAACCAUUCAAACCUUGUAUGGAAUUGCAAUUUCAGCUCUUGUCUAUGCGAUUGUGGUUUCCUUGUGUUUGGUUGUGGCAGUGAUUGGAGGUGUUUGUUUUGUGUAUCGAAUGAAUCGUAGAGAAUAUGUCAGAAUUCAAUAA